CUCUCUUCUUACCCACGUCCGAAGUACCUAUUUAUUUUAUUGCUUUCCACCAAAGCAGUCCUUUUGUCGCAUCUUGACCCUGUAACACGACCCAAAUAUCUAUUUCGUAUCGCCAACGCUUGACUGAUCUCGCCUUUGAGGCAAAUACCGUCAUCCCACACACUCUCACGCGCUCAAAUCCCAUUUUUCGUUCACCUUGUCCACAACCGUAUUCAGACGACCUCGGAAAGUCUCAUGAUGCCUUCUCCAUUCUCUUCGACCUUUGCCUCUGCUGCUGCAAGCACAAAUGGAGAUAGUAUGGGCAACAGGAGGGAAAAUGCCACAAACGAAUGGUCGAGAAACCGCGUCAAUGGUGCCACGCAAACCUUCCGCAGACCCUCGCUAGCCACAACACCUUCCCAGUCACACAUGCAGCAACGCGAAAGCGCGAAUCAUGAUGGCGUGUAUAUCCCUCCACAUCUCAAUGUGAACAACACGUCGCGGCAUCCCCCCUCGAAUGACACUCGCUACGGGAAAGAUCAAAUGCUGGAGAUCUACCAGGCCUUGAGAGAGUCCUCAGCAAUUGACCGAAACCUGGAUCAAAUAUUUCUGGGAGGAUGGGAUCCCUUGGAGAACAAGAACGGACCGAUGGUUUCUCAAGGUGGGAAGGACCAAGUUGUAGGACCGGAAGUUUGUUGGAAUUAUAAUUCGCGCUCAGAACCCCUCGGCUUGAUGGAAAUGACUGAAGAGGAGAAGCAGCUCUUUACAACCUCAGUCAACUCGCCUAUCAAGUUGCAACAGAACAGCACGAAAGAAGGUUCGGGACCUGGCGUUAUAGGCCGGAAGGCCUCAUUGUCAAGCUACUCCAACACCCCUGGUAGCUCCAGACCGGGAACGCGUCGUCGGGACACAAGUGACUCGUUUAUGGGCAAUGGUCCAAUGUCUCCAGCUGAAAAUAAAUCUUUCCAACGAGGCGAAUCGAAUACCGCAACUCCUCCACCCGCCCUACUGCGCCGACGGACAGACUACAAGGAGGAAGAUAGUGGACCUGCAAGAGAAGAGCUUCAGGCAGACGAGAAUCCCGGCGAUGCGCAGGCUCCAUUCUCAGGCCUACGACGAGCCGCGACUGGUCCUCUUAGUGCUGGUCUUAAUCCUCCUUCUGCGUCACCCUGGUCUGCCGGAGCUCAAGGAUCUGCCUUUGGGUCCAUGGGCAACUUUGGUAGUUUUGCCGUCGGUUCUGGCGCAGCACCGGCCGAAUCUAGCGAAAAGAGACCUGGCUUUGGUAGUGUUCGGGGUGGCAGUCGAUUCAAGGAUUUAUUGUCCAAAACAAGCUCGGAGGAUAUAUCUCAAAGCGCCAGAGACAAAACCUCUUUCGGUGCGCUGGAGAAAUUGCCUGAAGAGGAUGCCGAUGCUGCGCAUGCCAGGUUGCGGGAUGAGCUGAAGACGCGCCCUGGUCGUAGUGAGACCAACCCGUACGAUGACGGGCCUGUCCGGACUGGCAGUGCGGCUUUGGGCGGCUCUCAAGAUAACAUUCCCCAAGGUUCAGUUAUUGAACAAAUGGGAAUGUCAGCCUUUGGUCCGCCAACAAAUGUCGGAGCACGCGAUUUCGGGCACGACGAAUCCUAUCAACAAACGCCGCACGGCAAAUUCAACCUUCACGAGCCCAUGAGCCCAACGAACACAAAUCCAUAUCAGAGUCCUCAAGGUCGCCUUGAGGACGAUGAACAUGACACCAUCGAUUCGACUUCAGGACUACCUCCGUUCGGCGCAAACCGACGAAACAUACUGCCCUCUGCUGAUGAGAGGGGACUUCCGGGUGCCAACAUGCGCAGUGCAAGUGGCUUUGGGGGUCUAUCCGGCUUUGGAGGUCUCCCAGGCGGUCCAUCCUGGUCGUCAGCAGGUCUCGGAGCCGGCAAACCUGCUAUGGAUCGAGGCAUGAGCUCUGCCUUUGGCGAUCCUAUUUUCAGUCCUCUGGGCGACCUCCAAUCCCCGGGCGCUGGACUAGGGGGCGGCUUUUUUGGAUCUGGUGGCUUCGGCAGUGCUGGCCGUGCAAGUCGCCUGGGAGCCAUGUUUCCCCCAGCCAUGCAGGAACAGAUGCGAGGUGAUAGUCGAAAUGAGAUGCAGCCUGGUGCGUUCGAGUCGCGUCCCGACAGCGCACAACAGCAGUCUAUGCGCGACGCUUUUGACAAUACCGGUCGGCGCUCCGACGGGUUCGGCCGCGGAUCCAGCCUCUUCGAUGAAUCUCCAUCCUUGAGAAGUGUUGAGGAAGCUGGUCUCCCGGCUGGGAUCUUUCCUCCUGGUACCUCGGGUGCACCAAUGACCUCGCUAGCCACUCCUCAGGCGGCCGGGCAGAGAGCAAGUGGUGAUUAUCAGUCUGGCCACGGGCUCAGUCAAUCCAGCGGCAGCAAUUCCUCCAAUCAAUUACCGGCUGCUCAACAACGACAGAUGGUGAUGCCAGAUCGUAUGCGCUGGAUCUAUCGUGACCCCCAGGGUAAUACCCAGGGGCCUUUCUCUGGUCUUGAGAUGCACGAUUGGUUCAAAGCAGGAUUCUUCACCGCGGAGUUGCAAGUCAAGAAACUGGAAGACACCGAGUAUGAGCCUCUCGCCCAGCUCGUCCGACGUAUUGGCAACUCUCGGGAACCAUUCCUUGUCCCCCAAAUCGGUGUACCCCACGGUCCCCCUUCAGCAGGCCAAGGUAAUCACUGGGCCAAUCCCUCGAUAGGCGGUCCUGGUGGCUCUGUUCAGCCGCCGUUUGCGAGCAGCUUCCCAAGCUUCGGGACGACAUUAACGGCUGAACAGCAGAACGCGCUGGAAAGACGCAAGCAAGAAGAACAAUACCUCAUGGCAAGACAGAAAGAACACCUCGCUCAGCAGCAGAUGGCGAUGAAACACAUUCAGAUUCAAAAUGGGAUGCAACCUUUGCACCACCAUUCCAGUGCUCACUCCCUACAGAGUCAGCCUAGCUUUGGAAGUAUGACUUCUCCAUCAGGCUUCCAACAACCCAUUCAACCCCCUCAAAUGGGUGGAAUAUCUUUCGGACAGCAAGGGCCACCUAGCAGUGCCGGCCCAGGCGUUGGCCGUGAUGAAGAUCUCAAUAACAUGAUGGAUCGUAUGAAUUUCAGUUCACGAGCUGGCCAACCCUUCACCGGUGCCCCUCUGGGCGCCCCUGCCGAGGGUCCUUCUCCUCAGCAAGUCAACUCAAUGCUUCAAGAUAGGGCUCGACUACAACAGCAGCAGCAACAACAAGGAUCCGAUAUGCGAACACAUCAGGAUGCUUUUUUAGGACCCCAGGGCCGCAACGACCGACUGGAGGAGUUUCGCGAACUGCGUGGGCAGGCGGAAAUCCCGGCCGGCCGUCUCGGCCCUGAGGAAGCACGACCUCAACCUAUCGGUGCACAACGCCAGAUGGAGGACCAGAUGCAACACAAAGCUCCUGGGCCUAUCGCUCAUCCAGCGCCUCCGGCCAAGUCUGAUCAUGAACCCCUCUCUUUGGCUCAGCAAGUUCAGAUUGCAGCGGCUAGUCAAUUGGCUGCAGCAGAGGAGAGUGCUCGGGCGAAGAGAGAUGCUCCGGUCGAACCUCCACCGGUUUCCAUCUCGCCUCUGCCAGCUCCUGCAGCCCAACGCAACCGCCAGCAUGUUGCGGAUGCACUAGCAGCAGAAUCGCGUUCGGCAAGUCAAACUCCUAUCGAAACCCCGUCGGUUUCUGUGGCGCCAUGGGCCGAACGGACGACUGAGCAUCCCAAAGGCCCUUCUUUGAAGGAGAUUCAGGAGGCGGAAGCCAAACGGGCUGCUGAGCAAGAAGAACUCGCGGCUGCCGCACGCCGAGCACAAGCUGAACAAGAACGGGUCCAACAGGUCCAAGCACCGAUUCCUGCACCCGGGCUCCCAUCAACAUCAACUUGGGGCAAUACCGCUUCGCCAGUCACUCCCGGCUCUCACAGUGCCAGUGUGUGGGCCAAACCCGUCACUGCUAAAGCUGGUUCUGGUUCUUCUGCCGCGAAGAAGACGCUCGCUCAAAUUCAGAAGGAGGAAGAAGCGCGCAAGCAAAGAGCUACAGCAGCAGCGUCGGCCGCGGUUACCGGAAGCAUUCAAGCUUCAACAAGCCCAGCAUCAGCAUCUGUUGGCAAGCGAUAUGCAGAACUAGCGAGCAAAGUCGCACCAAGCCCUCCCUCCGCAGCCGGUGGUGCAUGGACCACGGUGGGUUCCAGUGGCAAGGCCAAAACUCCAGCGGCUGUAGUGGCAACGCCUCAACCAGCCACACGUUCCGUCAGCAGUUCGGUACCUAGUGUCCCCAAGGCGCGACCUAGCAUGCAACCUCAGCGAAGCACAACACUCUCCAACCAGAGCAAGGCCAAUGAGGAAUUCACCAAGUGGGUCAAGGGUUCUCUGGGUAAGGGGCUGAACAGUAACAUCAACGUCGAUAGUUUCGUGCAAGAUUUAUUGCAGCUCCCACCCGAGAUCGAGAUCAUCUCCGAUUCUGUUUAUGCGAGUUCUCAAACCCUGGAUGGUCGUCGCUUUGCAGAGGAAUUCGUUCGCCGACGCAAACUAGCUGACAAGGGUAUUGUCGAGCCAGCCACGAACGGAUCUCUAGCAGGUGGUGCCGACAGUAAGAGCGCUGGUGGGUGGAGUGAAGUUGCCAAAAAAGGACCAGCCACUGCCCCCAAGGAGGAAAAUAACGCCGCGUUCAAGGUCGUUGCCACGAAGAAGAAGGGUAAACGGUGAAUUUUUGGGUUCAAAGAAGAGGUGUUUUCUGGAGAUGCGUGAAGGUGAUGAAUGAUGUUUUAUGGCAUGUUUCCACGACAAUGAUCAAGAGGCUUGUCCACAAGUUGAAGCUGUUUGUGUAGUAACUUAAGACUUGCGCAUGUCGAUCGUAGCCAUGAAGGACAAGAUUUGGCUGUGAGAUGUAGGAAUACAACCAACCUACAACCCUAUCAUAGCUUGCUACGAGUACGCGAACAUCAAAGCAACAAAUCUGAGUCUAGUCAUGUCCAUCCAGAUGUUGACUUGGUGAUCUAGAUCUGGGGUGGCUGAUGAUCGACGUACGGAUCAAUCGGAUUGUUUGUAUCUCCAUCAUCCUUCCUGUAGAUCGAG